AUGUUAAAAUUUUUGGGAUCUUACAUUGAAAGAGUGAACAAGAAUGUUUUGGAAAAUGCUCCAAAAAAUGUUAAGUAUAUUUCAAAUGAUGUCCAAAAAGAAAUUCUACAUAUUCUUGCUACUAAGGUGAGAAAUUCAAUUAGAGAAGAGAUUGGAGAUGCCAAAUUUUGUAUUAUUGUUGAUGAAGCUAGAGAUGAAUCUAAAAAGGAGCAAAUGACCAUUGUUUUGAGAUUUGUUACUCUAGAUGGUUUUGUUAAAGAGAGAUUCUUUGAUCUUGUGCAUGUCACUGAUAAUUGUGCAACAACUUUAAAGAAAGAAUUGAUCUCUGUCCUUUCUCAUUAUAAUCUCCAAGUUGAAAAUAUUAGGGGGUCAAGGUUUCAAGAGAGUUUGGUAAAAAUGCUUACUGCUACCAAUAUUGUUCUCAAUAAUAUCAUUGAAGAUGAGACAACUUAUGCACAAAGAUGUGAGGUUUAUGGUGUUGGUAAAAUAUUAUUGUCAUUUGAAUUUGUUUUCACUUUGCACUUGAUGAAAGAGAUUAUGGGAAUCACUAAUGUUCUUUGCCAAGCACUGCAACAACAAUCUCAAGAUAUUCUUAAUGCAAUGCAUAUUAUUUCUACAUCAAAAUUACUUCUUCAACAAUUAAGAGAUGGUGGAUGGUGCAAUUUUCUUGCAAAUGUUAAAGAUUUUUGUGAAAAGCAUGAAAUUGAAGUCCCUAAUAUGAGUGCACAAUAUGUUUUUGGAAUAGGUCGAUCUCGUCAACCAAGUGUGACAGUUGAGCAUCAUUAUCGAAUAUAUGUAUUUUUGGCAACAAUUGACUCUCAAAUACAAGAGUUGAAUAGUAGAUUUAAUGAGCAAACAAUAGAGCUUUUGACUUUGAGUUGUGCUUUGGAUCCUAAGGACAAUUUCAAAUCAUUUAAUAUUGAAGAAAUUAGCAAGUUAGCAGAAAAGUUUUAUCCCCUUUACUUUUCUUCUAAUGAGCUAAAUAUUUUGAAAUCUCAGUUGCAACAUUAUCAGUAUGACAUACUAAAUCAUUUGAAAGGCAUUGGUACACUUUUUGAAUUGUGCAACAAGUUGCAAGAAACGGGAAAUCAAGAACUUAUCACAUAG